AUGCAGUUUCCACUUGAGCCCCCCACCCCUCUCUUCGCCGCUGAUGAAUCUUCUUCUGCCCCACCAUCUCCCCGUGCAGAGAGUACCGCCCUCUCAAAGGACGUUUCCCUUUCUGUAAAUUAUCUACCUAACAAGUUUUCUUCUGGCUUGCUCUCUCCUACUCCCCGCAGACGCAGACCAGGAAAGACCAAUGGUGACCAUCCCAUGAUGCACAAGAGAGGUGGAGGUAGGGAGGCCUUUAAGAGCAGUGAGGCACGUAUGCCCGCGGAAGGCGACGAAGACUACGACGGUGUCACCGGUGGUUGGUUCGGUGGCAAAGAAGGUGGCCACACCCGUCCACACAUGCACUGGAACAGGUUCAAAUGGGCACUCUUCAUUGCCAAUCUUGCGGUCAUUCCCUCUCCCUUUUCCUUAUCCAUAUAUGCCAUUGCAGGCCUCAUCUUUUGUCUUCUCACAUGGUUUGACGUCUUCGAACACGCAGACAUCCUUCGCGUAGGCAACCGAACGGAACUCAUUUUCUCCACAGCCGCUGCCACUCUUGCCUCACUCACUUCCAUAAUCGGCUGGGCCGGCAUCCUACUCAACAACCGCUCCUUCCUAGCAGUUUACACUUUCGCUCUCUGGCUUUGCUUUGCCCUCCUCGUCACCCCCGGCUACAUGACCUACAAACAACGUACAUUCAACCUCGAAGGCAAACUCAAUGCCCAGUGGUCUCGCGAUCUCGGCGCAGUCGGCCGUCUCAGGAUUCAAAACAAACUUCAUUGCUGUGGAUAUUACUCCCCCUUCGUUGAAGCUACUGUCUCCCAAAGUUGUUACGCCCGCUCAGUUCUUCCGGGGUGCAAAGAGGCAUACGUCAACUUCGAGAAACGCGCCCUGUACUUCUGGUACACUAUUGCUUUCUCCCUCGUGCCGCUCCAGCUCGUGAUCAUGCUCACUGGUCUCUUGUGCUCGAACCACGUAACCUACCGCUUCGGUAAAGGCAUGAUGCCCAAGGCCUAUAGGCUCAGCACGGCAAGUAUGGCUGUUAUCAUGGAUAAUUAUGCCAGUCAACUGGCAGAACAAUACGGCACCGAAAUCGCGUCCGAUAUCUUAUCGCGGUCUCGACACCUUGAUUCUACGACAUACGCAUCUGGCGUUGUGAACGGGACAGGCACAACUUAUGCACUUUCUCAAGGCAGGUACGAUUCACUGGCAGUGAAGUCGCCUUACACCGAGAGAAUAUGA